UAUGCAGCUCAUUUCAUAAGAAUCUUUUAGUUUGUGAUGGGAACUACUCACACAGCAGAAGAAAGCGAUUAAAUAUUUGCAAUGACUCUCUCACUACUCCUGGUUUUUCUCUCUCUUAUCCAGGAAACUAUUCAGCAGCUGGAUAGUGGAAUAUUUUUAAUAUAUAAUGAAGACCACAAGCGCUGUGUACAAGCUCACAGUUCUAGCUCAGUCAGAACUGCCAUUUGCAACCAGGACAAUGAGUCACAAAAAUUCAGGUGGGUCUCUGAUCACCAGCUUUUGAGUGUGGCAUUGAAGCUAUGUUUGGGAGUGCCAUCAAAGAAAGACCAGGUUGCAAUCAAUCUGAAUCCUUGCAACAAGACAAGUGAACUUCAACAGUGGGGAUGCAGAAAUGAAGCCCUGUUUUCACUUGAAGGAGAAGAUUUAUUUUUUCAUUCUGGCAACCGAGACGAAGAAAAUAUCAUACUAUCCAAGGGAGCAAGUGUAAAGAGCAAAUGGAAGAUCUAUGGAACCACAGAUGAUUUGUGCUCCUGGGGCUAUGAAGAUAUCUUUACAUUGCUAGGAAAUGCAAAUGGGGCACCCUGCGUAUUCCCUUUCAAGUUUAAUAGCAAAUGGUACAGUGAGUGUACAGAUGCUGGCCGGACAGACGGUUGGCUCUGGUGUGGUACAACUGCAGACUUUGAUGCAGACCAAUUAUAUGGAUUUUGCCCAUUAAAAGGUAAAGACACCAUCAGAUUUUGGAAGACAGAUCCUUCAACAGGUUUCCACUACCAGAUAAACCCCCAAUCAGCUCUAACAUGGCACCAAGCAAGAAAAAGCUGCCAGCAACAGAAUGCAGAAUUAUUAAGUAUCACACAGCUGCAUGAGCAAAUGUAUCUAAGAGGGUUAACUGAAAGUAUGGGUUCUGCUCUCUGGACUGGGCUUAACAGGCUGGAUUUAAAGAGUGGAUGGCAAUGGAUUGGUGGUAGUCCUUUCAGAUACUUGAACUGGUCACCAGGAAGUCCCUCUCCAGAGUCUGGAAAAAUCUGUGCAGCUUUAAAUCCUGGAAGAAAUGCUAAAUGGGAAAACUGGGAAUGUGAUCGGAAACUUGGCUACAUUUGUAAAAGGGGAACCACCAGAUUAGAUUCUUUCACUGUCCCCUCAGAUGAUUUGGGUCCUAUUAAAUGCCCAGAUGGAUGGAUGUCAUAUGCAGGUCACUGUUACAUGAUUCACAGGGAGCCCAAAAUAUGGAAAGAAGCCUUGACUUUUUGUAGAAAGGAGGAUGGUGAUCUGGCCAGUAUCCGCAAUGUUGAAGAGCACAACUUUAUAGUGUCUCAGAUUGGGUUCAAGCCAACAGAUGAGCUGUGGAUUGGACUGAACGACUUUAAGGUUCAAAUGUUUUUUGAAUGGAGUGAUGGGACUCCUGUGACAUACACCAAAUGGCAACGUGGAGAACCAACUAGAACAAACAACAGGCAAGAAGACUGUGUUGCUGUGAAGGGCCAGGAUGGCUACUGGGCAGAUCAUCUUUGUGAAAAGAAAGUUGGUUACAUCUGUAAAAGGAAACCAUUGUCACAAGUAUCUCAGGAAAUGGAAAGUACAGAUGCAGGCUGCCAGAAAGGCUGGAAAAGAUAUGGCACAUACUGUUAUUCUAUUGGACAGAUACCCGUGACAUUUUCAGAAGCAAAUAAAAUCUGUGAAAGGAAUAAGAGUUACCUAGCAUCAAUUGAAAAUAGGUAUGAACAAGCCUACCUGAUUAGUUUGGUUGGGCUGAGGCCCGAAAAAUAUUUCUGGAUCGGUCUUUCAGAUGUAGAGGAAGAAGGGACUUUCAAGUGGACCAAUGGUGAAGCAGUUCUGUUUACUCACUGGAAUUCAGCAAUGCCCGGAAGAAAGCCAGGCUGUGUUGCUAUGAGAACCGGAACUGCAGCUGGAUUAUGGGAUGUUCUUAAUUGUGAGAGGGUGGAAACCUUUCUCUGUAAACAAUGGGCUGAGGGAGCGACACCACCUACUAUUUCUCCAACAACUCCUUCUCCCACAUGCCCCCAAGGUUGGGAAUCAAGCGCUUAUAGCAGUUCAUGCUUCAAAUGUUUUUGUAAGAAUACACAACAACAAAAGAAAACAUGGUUUGAAGCUCGAGAUUUUUGCAGAGAAAUAGGAGGCGAUCUGGCUACCAUCCAGAGUAAGAAGGAAAAUCGUAUAAUAAAAACUGCAAUAAAAAAAGGUGGAUCCUCAUAUAGUACUUAUUGGACUGGUAUAUUUUCCUUGAAUCCUGACGAAGGAUUUGCAUGGAGUGACGGCUCUCCGGUAAGGUACACAGACUGGGGAGAAAGAUCAAGAAAUCGGGAAGGAGACAAAGAUUGUGGAGUGAUCAGUGGAUACAGUUUUGCCUUACAUUGGGAGCAUGCAUCUUGCGAAAUGCUGCAUGAUUGGAUUUGUCAGAUAAAAAAAGGAGUAUCAUUAAAAUCAGAACCAAUUCGCAAGUAUGAAUAUCAAACCACUAAAGAUGGAUGGAUUAUAUAUGAAGACAAACAGUAUUUUUUCAGCAGAAAUGAGGUGCCUAUGGAAAAAGCCCGAGAGUUCUGCCAAAAGAAUUUUGCAGAUCUUGCUGUAAUUGAGAGUGAAAGUGAAAGAAAGUUUCUAUGGAAAACUGGUAUCUCCCCUCAUCGGACCAGAUCAUAUUUCAUUGGUUUAACAGUGAGUCUUGAUAAAAAGUUUAGCUGGAUGGAUGGAACCCCAGUGAAUUACGUAGCCUGGGCUCCCAAUGAACCCAAUUUUGCAAAUAAUGAUGAAAAUUGUGUGAUCAUGAUAUCAGCCUUUGGUUUGUGGAAUGAUAUAAAUUGUGGCUAUCCAAGUGGUUUUAUCUGUGAAAGGCACAACAGUACCAUUAACUCAACAUUUGCUCCUGCACCUGUAGGAGGCUGUCCAGAAACUUGGCUUUUGUUUAACAAUAAGUGUUUCAAAAUAUUUGGCUCAAGUGAAAAUGAGACAAUGACGUGGCAUGCUGCACGAAUGGCUUGUAUAAAUUUAGGAGGAAACCUGGCUUCCAUACCAAAUAAAGAAGUCCAAGCCUUCCUCUUCUACCAUUUAAGAGAAGUCAUGACUGAUCCAUGGAUUGGAUUGAAUGAUAUAAAUAGUGACCUAUCAUUUCUUUGGACGGAUGGAAGUGGUGUCUCCUAUAAAAACUGGGCCAAUGGUGCACCUACAUACAGACGCACAUACUCUUAUUUUUAUUAUGGUGGUGGUGGUGGUGAUGAAGACUAUCAGGAGAAAGACUGUGUCAUUAUGACAAAGGAAGAAGGGGAAUGGAAAGAUGAAGACUGUGAAAAUGACAAAAGCUAUAUAUGCCAAAUGAAUUUAAACCCUAAAUUACUUCAUUCCCCAACAACAAUUCCAGCCUCUGGCUUUAUCCGUUAUGGUGACAGUAGCUAUGCAGUCAUCCAUUCCAAAAUGAAAUGGGAAGAGGCAAGAAAAAAUUGCAAGGACAGAUCUUCAGAUCUUGCUAGUAUUUUAGAUAUCCACAGCCAUUCAUUCCUAUGGUUACAGAUGUUAAAGUAUGGAGAGCGUGUAUGGAUUGGUCUUAACAGCAAUGUGACAGAUGGCCAUUAUAAAUGGGUUGAUAACUGGAUACUCCAAUAUACUCAAUGGGCAACAAGAGAACCAAAAGAGAAAAUAGCCUGUGUCUAUCUAGACCUUGAUGGAACCUGGAAGACAGCAUCUUGUAAUGAAAGCUACUUCUCCAUCUGCAAACAGUCAGAUGUUGUGGCCCCUCCCGAUCCUCCACAGCUACCUGGAAAUUGCCCUGAAUCAAAAGAACUCAGAUCUUGGAUUCCUUUCCACGGUCACUGCUACUACAUUGAAUCAUCAGCCAUGAAAAGCUGGGCCCAAGCUUCCCUGGAAUGUAUUCGAUUAGAUGCUACUUUGGUUUCAGUAGAAGAUUUGGCUGAAUCCAACUUUCUGACACACAGGAUACAGGCUCUGGAAAGCAAAACACAAGGUUUUUGGACAGGAAUGUACAGAAAUGUGGAUGACCAAUGGUUGUGGCUAGACAACACCAUAGUGGAUUUUGUCAACUGGAAUGUAAAAAUGCCCACUGAGAGCGAGCACUGUGUUGAAAUAUCUGCACCAUCUGGGUAUUGGAAUAAUAUUCUGUGCUCUUCUGAAAAAGGAUUUGUUUGUAAAAAACCAAAGAUUCUUGAAGUUCAGCCAACUGAGAAGCCUCCAGAUAAGAAAGAAGAGGCUAUUGCACCUGCUCACCUCACAGCUUGGAUACUAGUUAUUCUGGCUAUUCUUAUUCUCAUUGGAGCUGGCCUUGCAGGCUGUUUCUUCUACAAGAAAAAGAGACAAAACCAACUACAAGGAGAUGAUCAAGGCACAGACACACUCUUAAAAUGCAGUGAUGCUGUUGCAAGAACUAGUGAUACAAAGCAUUCUGUGCCAAGUAUUGAGUAGAAUGAACAGGUUAUCCUGUAGUGUAAUAAAAUUUGUGCCUGAUUUUGGUAAAAUUUGCCAACUAGAAUACAAGAAAUCUUAAACCAAAGCUUAUUUCUCUUGUUUAAGUAGUAGCCUGUUUGUUUAGCACUGUCUGUAUUUUUAUACAUGUACUUAGCAGAAGCAUUUACUCCUAUUAUAGUCUUGUAGCAUUCAAGAUCUUCUCAUAUAAAAGUAGGUUUUAGUGAAAGGAAUGGGAAGGGCUAUUCAAAUGGGACAACGGAUAUACUUAAAACAACUAAAAUGGAGCAAACCAGUGUGAACAAAUAUUCAAGAAACUAUGGUUUCUAGUCAGAACUGGAUUGCCAUGAAAUAUAAUGAAUGGUCAGUUUAUGCACCUAUUGUGUUUGUGGAGACUGGAAAGAACUCAACAAAACAUUUGUCUAAUUCUGUUGAAAUCCUGAAAAUAAUCCUGAAAACUUCACUCCAGCAGUCAAGCUCUGUUUUUAUUGAUGGGACUGUACUUUGCUUGAGUCUUAAAAAGAAACAGUGUUGUAUAUUAUCACUUUUUAGAUAACUUCUGAAGACAAGUAGUCUGCUGUUUUCACUUUCUGUUAUGUAUAAACAGUGAAACCUGUCAGAAAUCUCUCAAAAGGUUUUGUAGUUUGUGCUUGUAAGUCUUAUAGCAUAUUAAAUGAUGUGAAUUAAAAUGUUCUCACCCAGUUAUGAAUGGGCUGAAGCAGAAUGGAAAUGUUUUCCUUCAUUCAGUUUAGUUCUAUGAAAUAA